CAGACUUAGCCACACGUCCAGCCGCGGUAUUUCUACCCUAAAACAUUGAACCCAGCGAACUUACAUAUGCAAAGUUGGUGACAAUAACCCUUCGUAAACUCAGGGCACUCAGGGCACUCAGGGCAUAUCUUCGCUAGUCUUAUUAUUGCAGGUUAUGUUAUAACGGCAAUAUUACCACCUGAUGCUAGUUCUUGAACGCUAAACUAUCCGCAUUCGAAUCCCAUGCCUACUCCCGAGGCCUAGCUCCCUCCACACGGCACCGCGAUGCUACGCAACCUUUUCGCUAAGGCAGAACAUGGCCCGCAACAGGAAAAUGUUGCUGCCGAGAGUUCUUAUACGGGCACUUAGGUUAAUAAGCUUAUUAAAUGAUCGAGGAAGACACUUUUCUUAAUCCCAACUAGAAACCAACAAACUGAUUGCCUCUUAAGGUCCUAUACUUUAGCCCGAACUUGAACAUUUAUAACGAGAUUAAAGUUAAGUAUAUUCUUUUAGAUCCCUUUAGAUUUGCAGUUUUAAUCUUUAGUUUAGCAUUGUCGCUGUUUAUGGACUCGGCUCAAAUAUAAACUGGUCAUGGACCUGGCAGGACAAAAAAAGCCACCGGCUACUAGUUUACUGGCUUAAAAAUCCCGAUAUGCUUCCGCGCCUAGUCCUGGACGCGCGUAUUAUAGCCUACAAUUACGAGUUAAGAUGGCACGCCGAUGCCCCUAAGACCCGUCUCACGCUCUGCGGCGAAGAGUUGGUAAAGAGCCUGUACAAUUUUUGUACUGAUGUUCCGGAAUACCUUAUUAUUUUCAUUGCGUAUAGCUUUAGCGGAUUGGUUGUAUUAUAUCAAUGCCAACCUGUUGCCUACUCGGUCCAUCCGCCGGUCCCUUGUCAUCGCUCCCACGACUCUCUCGCCCUGGGCUUUGUUCGCCUUGACCCGACGACCUUCGUCAACUACAAUACCACAUCCUUUCACAUAGUGUACAGACCUACUCGCGACGAACCUCGACCACCCAAACCUCUGCCUGCUACAACCGCCUCUAAAGCCCGGCGCUCCAUAUCUGCCUCGGUGGCUGUGGGCACAAUCCCAUACCUUCCUAUCUUUGCCAGUCACAAGAAUGUCAUAGGCACAAAGGGGUAAUUACGUCAACGCGGAGACACCGGAGACACCUGUCUUUGGCAUGGCUGUGUUGGGCGUCUCUGCACGAGCUGGGUACCCUCUUGAUCAUGGUCGGACCGAUUACAGCGCUGUUCCCCGUGAUACUGCAGGUGUAACAGGACAGGUGGGGACGUUGGGCUGGCGAGAGGGCCUGAACCAACUGGUGUUGAUCUCGGAUAUACUGUCACUUACGGGAUGACCGAGCCCAAGCUGCAGGGGGAAGAUGAAGAUAAACCGCAAAUAAGGACAUGGCGAAGUUGCCUAAUGGGGUUGAGUUCUGGUGAGGAAAUAAUCUUCGUACGGCAGGGGCAAUGGAAGGCACUGGACGAGAGGAAGGCAGAAGGAAAAGGAGAAGGGAUUGCAGGAUGACGUGGCCUUUCUUACGCGCUGUUGGUGACCCAUGAGACACUGCAGACGGAUUCACAUCCCCGCACACUUACGAUUCGUACCUCAUUCAUGCGGUGUUAGGCUAGGCAGACAUAGGUUGUCCGGAGAGCUGAUGGGCCGAGUCGAUGGCCGCGAGAGGCAGCCCGGUAGGAUCCUGGGUUGCUAUUGGCAG